GCAGAGGAAAGGUGGAAGGUGUGGGAAGUGCUUCAGUGUUUGGAAUAAACCGUCCAUGGAACCGUUUGUGAUUUUACAGAGCCUCGAGGAACCCGCAGUAAUCCUGCAGUCUGAAAGGAAAGAGGUCCAAUCAGACCUCUAACAUAAGAAAUGGAUUGAUCAUCACAAUAUGAGAAGGGAACUGCUUGAGCUGCCCGUUUUGGACCAAGGUUACUGACGGUGGUCUUGAAUGACGGCAGAUGACAGAUGUUCAACAGUCAUCCGAAAGGACUCUCAACUAAUUGACUUUGUCGCAAAUCAGCAUUUCAAUGGAGAAGUUCAAAAAAUGCAUCAACACUUUCUGGAUGAUGUUUGGGAUGUUUUGCUCCGAGAAGCUUUCCAUGUAAUUUUUUUAUUCCAUAUUUUCUAGUUCAAAAUACCUGCCUUGGAACUUAUUUGCUAAAUCUAAACUUCUUCAGUCUCCUCGUCCUGCCUAAAACUUCAGAAACCCCCGUGUGCGUUUUGAUUCCACCUUGAUUCCAGAUUUAAGAGAACAUUUUUGAAAGCGCCACCCGGUGUUUGCUGGGUUCCGACUUGAGUGACUUUUGACAUUUUGACUGGAUCUCACCUUCCACGUGUGCUGACCGGUUAUCUGGGACGUGAAGUCUGCAGCCACACUUCCAAUCUGAUAACAGGGUUUGACCCCCGGUGUCACAGAGCCGCCGGUCACACUGCACAUCAGCCAUUAUGGAAUCUGUGGCGGCUAGAAUGGCCAUGGUGACCGACUCACCCAACCCGUCGCUGAAAUCUAGGACCACCGUGACAACAGAUGAAGACUCUUUUGUGAGCACCAGCAGCCUUCCCUGCAGCCACUUCCUGUCUGCAAACUUCACUGCUGUUGUGGAGAAAUGCAUGAGCUCAAUGCAGAUCGGGACCCAGAUGGUGAAGCUCCGUGGCGGCUCCAAGGGACUGGUGCGGUUCUUUUACCUGGACGAACACAAGUCCUGCAUCCGCUGGCGGCCGUCACGCAAGAACGAGAAGGCCAAGAUCUCCAUUGACUCCAUCCGCGAGGUCUGUGAGGGAAAGCAAUCCGAGAUCUUCCAGCGGUAUGCAGAUGGCAGCUUUGACCCAAACUGCUGCUUCAGUCUGUAUUACGGAGAACACAUGGAGUCCCUGGACCUGGUAUCUGGAACAGGAGAGGAGGCCCGGACCUGGAUCACUGGCCUAAAGUACCUGAUGGCCGGGAUCAGUGACGAGGACAGCUUGGCAAAGAGGCAACGCACCCGCGAUCAGUGGCUGAAGCAGACCUUCACUGAGGCUGAUAAAAACGGCGACGGGAGUUUAAGCAUCAAUGAGGUUCUUCAGCUUCUGCAUAAACUCAACGUCAACCUGCCUCGACAAAAGGUCAAACAGAUGUUCAAGGAGGCAGACACAGAUGACAAACAGGGAACUUUGGGGUUCGAGGAGUUCUGCUCCUUCUACAAGAUGAUGUCGACCCGCAGAGAUCUGUACCUCCUUAUGCUCACCUACAGCAACCACAAAGACCACCUGGACACAGAUGACAUCACUCGCUUCCUGGAGACGGAGCAAAAGAUGACAAAGGUGACCAAGGACCACUGCUUGGAGAUCAUCAACAAGUUUGAGCCGUGCUCUGAAAAUCAAAAGCAGGGCGUUUUGGGAAUUGAUGGUUUUACAAACUACAUGCGCAGUCCAGCUGGGGACAUCUUCAACCCAGAGCACUACAACGUGAACCAGGACAUGACCCAGCCGCUGUGCAACUACUUCAUCGCCUCAUCGCACAACACCUACCUGAUGGGAGACCAGCUGAUGUCCCAGUCCAGGGUGGAUAUGUACGCCUGGGUGCUGCAGGCAGGCUGUCGCUGUGUGGAAGUCGAUUGCUGGGACGGCCAGGAUGGAGAGCCCAUCGUACACCAUGGUUACACCCUGACCUCCAAGAUCCUCUUCAAAGACGUCAUCGAGACGAUCAACAAGUACGCCUUCAUCAAGACAGACUACCCGGUGAUCCUGUCCAUCGAGAACCACUGCAGCGUUCUUCAGCAAAAGAAGAUGGCCCAGUACCUGGUGGAAAUCCUCGGGGACAAACUAGAUGUGUCCAGCGUCAAGGCAGAGGAGUCUGGGAGACUACCCUCUCCAGAAUCUCUCAGGGGCAAGAUCCUGGUGAAGGGCAAGAAGCUGCCUCCUAAUAUCGACGAGGACGCAGAGGAGGGAGACGUGUCGGAUGAGGACAGCGCUGAUGAGAUGGAGGACGACUGCAAGCUGAUGAACGGAGAUUGGAAGACAUCAGCUAACAGGAAGCAGGUGGAAAACAUGGCUAAGAAAAAACUGGACAACCUGAUGAAAGAGUCCAAGAUCCGAGACCGGGAGGAUCCAGACAGCUUCACCAUCGCUGGCCUCCCACCAAGUGGGAAGACCCUUGAUAAGAGUGACAUCAAGGGUAAAAGUGACGAGGGGACAGACACAGCUGAUGAGACCAACCCCAGCAGUACCAAGCGCUCCAGCCGCUCCUUCAUCGGAAGCUUCUCUAAGCGCAAGAAAAAGUCGUCAAAGUUGAAGAAGACCUCGAGCUACGAAGAUACAGACACGGACCAGGAGAGCACAAGCAGUGCUUCUCGAGCCCCACCCCACCACAACAAAAAGAAGAAGACCAUGAAGCUCUCUAGAGCCCUGUCUGAUCUGGUGAAGUACACCUGCUCUGUGGGUCUAUAUGAUAUUGAGACCCAAGCUAACUGCAGCUGGCAGGUGUCGUCUCUGAGCGAGACCAAAGCCCAUCAGCUGAUGCAACAGAAAGCUGCGUCCUUCAUCCAGUUCAACCAGCGCCAGCUGUCCCGAAUCUACCCGUCCUCCUACCGGGUGGACUCCUCUAAUUUCAACCCCCAGCCUUUCUGGAGCACCGGCUGCCAGCUUGUUGCGCUCAACUACCAGUCUGAGGGGCGGGUCCUUCAGCUCAACAGAGCUAAAUUCUACAGCAAUGGCAACUGUGGCUACAUCCUCAAACCCGCCUGCAUGUGUGUAGGUGCCUUUAACCCGAACCUGGAGGACCCCCUGCCAGGCCGCAUGAAGAAACAGCUGGUGUUAAAGAUAAUCAGUGGACAACAGCUGCCCAAACCCAAAGAUUCAAUGCUGGGAGACAGAGGAGAGAUUAUCGAUCCGUUUGUGGAGGUGGAGAUCAUUGGCCUCCCAGUGGACUGCUGCAAAGAGCAGACCAGAGUGGUGGAUGACAACGGGUUCAAUCCGAUGUGGGAGGAGACUCUGGUCUUCACGGUUCACAUGCCGGAGCUGGCCCUUGUGCGUUUCCUUGUGUGGGAUCAUGACCCCAUCGGCCAAGACUUCAUCGGACAGCGAACCAUUGCAUUCCACAGCAUGAUGCCAGGUUAUCGCCACGUUUACCUGGAAGGUAUGGAGGAAGCUUCCAUUUUUGUUCAUGUGGCUGUGAAUGACAUCACCGGUAAGGCCAGAGCAGCCGGUGGUAUAAAGGGUCUGUUUCACAGAAACCCAAAGCAGGCUUCCCUGGACAGCCAUGCUGUUGUGCAUCCCGGCCGUAAGCACCCGUUCGGUGCCCACCUCCUGCGCCGCACCGCCAGCGCCCCCACCAGAGGCCAGCCCAAAGUUAAGAAGGGUUUCCCUGAGCUCGCCAUCGACACCAAAGAUUACAGCUCGGAGGGGGCAAGUGAGGAGCGGGAGUUUGAGGACAGAGACAAGGCAUCUGCGGCCACAUCCUACCAGUUCACUCCCUCACCACAGCACCACAUCGGGGAAUCGGCGGACCCCCACCGAGCCAAGGGCCCCUGGGACCGUCCUGACACAAACGGAGCUCUCCACCCAGAGGAGAGCAAAGACUCUUCCGUGGUGCAGGAAUCAAGCUCCCCUCCUCGCAUUCCUUCACUAAAAGGGGGAAAUCCCAGUAGCAGCUGUUUGAUCCGCUCUGCCUCCAGUCCGGAGCAGAGCCUGUCACCGCAUCACUCCACUCCUACACCGCUGCAUCCACCAUCAGCUGUUCCUUUAGCAUCUACAGCCAGCAGUCCUCUGUACGGCACAGCACACAGUGCCACUAAAGUCAGCAGAGACGUUAAAGCCUCCACCUCUUUCCCUUCCAACAGUCCUGUAGAGAUGGUUGAACCGUCUCUGUCCCCCCGAGUUGCCCAGGCAACAAGAGGCGCCUUGGAGGAGAAGAUACCAGAACGGAGGAAAACCCCAGAAACUCUCGCUCCAGGAGAAAGAAAGCCUCAUCAAAGAGCAGAGCCCCCAGGUGAAACACGGCCCCCGGGAAGCCUCGGGCCCCCGGCUGCUCAGCCUCCGCAGGCCAGGAGAGCUCUCUUUAGCUCCCCGCCACAACCUGUCCCAGUAAGACGGGCAAAGAGUGAAGGGCAUGUUCUGGGGGAAGGAGCCAAGCCGGCCCAGUCGGCUGUACCAGAGGUCUGUACAGACGCCACCAUGAACGACCGGCUCUGGAGCAAACUGGAGCCUGGCAGCCACCGAGACAGCAUGUCUUCGUCCUCCAGCAUCUCCUCCAACGACACGGUGAUCGACCUGUCUCUACCUAACCUGGCCAGAAGGAGCCUGGGCGUUCUGCCCAGUCCCAGUAACGGCUGCGACGCCUCCCGGAUCGACUGCCACCGCGCCGCGCCGGCUCCCUGCGACACGGUGAGGGUCAGUAAGAGCAAGUCCAACCCCAACCUUCAGCAAAGGAGCUGUCCCAAAGACGAGCUUAAGCCCCGCCCAUUGCAGCCAGCCCAGAAUGGUGCCGACGAGUCACCUGGCAGACUGACCCAAAGAAGGCACACCUGGUGCCGGCUUUACAUGGAAGGACUCAAGCAGGCGUCGCCCAAAAGGCUGAGUGGCGCUGCAACCUCAGUUGCGUCCAUGUCAAAGAGUCUCGGAGACCUGACCUCUGAGGACAUCUCCUGCAACUUUGACAGCAAGUACCGCAGCAUCAGCCGCAGCUUCAUUGUACGGCCCAGCAGAGAUGCGCUUCGUAAGGGCAGCGCUCCGAGGAGCCGACCGCAGAGCGACCUGACGGAGCAGCUGCGCAGGCUGACUGACGUGGAGCCGCUGAGUCCCUGCGACUUCAUCCCGGAGGGCGGAGCCAGGGAAGCGGGGGGGCAGGAGGCCGAGGAGGCGCUGGUGAGACGGACCUCAUCCAGGAGCCAGAGCAGGGUCCGCUACAUCGCCAACAGGGCCAAACAGGCCCAGGAAAGGAAGCGGCUGCAGGGUUUGCUCCAGGCCAGGAGUGCUAGCUUCAGCUUUACUGGGAGCACUGAGACCACUGGCAGUGGUGCUGGUCCCAUGGAGGAGCGGGGGAACCCAGAGGGAGCAUGCUCUGUGGGCCAGAGUCCCUGCAGCAGCCUGGACCUGCUGAGUCAGCUGGAGCCCCCCUCCCAUGUACAGCCCCCCAUGACAGCUGACAGUGCCCAACUGUUCUUCAGGCUGCAGCUCUGAGAACGGGCUGACUUGGAACUGAUGGUGGGAGACGCAGCUAGAAACUUGAUUUGAAUCCAUUUCUUCAGAUUUUUUUUUUGCCGGUUUCUCAAAACAGACUGUCACCAAGCAGAGCAUCUGAUCCCGUCUCAGUUAAACUCAAACGACCACUUCUCGUAGAAACCAUCAGGUGCUUUUCCACAGCAGGAACUGGAGGCAGGGAUGAGCCCCGCCCCCUCUGCUCACCUUCCUAUCGCUCACUUCCUGGUUCAAGUUUACACACUGAGGAUGCAGUUACUGUAAUACUGUACUCACCGGUCACACUGUCUCCCUGCAGAAGGUUCUGGUUGCCCGGCCCUCUCUCCCCCCCUUCCCCAAAUACACACACACACCCCAUUUUCUUCACCAUCCUCUUCCCCGGUACAGUUUCUUUUAAAGGAACAAGCUCUGCGCUGUGGAAGUUGGAAAAUGGACUAUAGUGAAAAGUUUUUAUAUAAUAUAUUAACUGAUAUUUGUGUUGAAUCUGACCUGCUCUCAUGUGUCUGUAUUUUUUAGACAUGACCUCACAGUAGCAAUAGAUACUAGAGAACAGGAUUUAAAUUUUUUUUUUUUUUUUUAUUUGCUUGAACUUUUUAGAUGUAAAUUAGGUUGUUUAUGUGGAGGCAUUGCCAACUCAUCCAUCUGUUAGCAAUAUUUUGAACAUGAUAGAAUGUCAUGAAGAAUAAUGUACCGUUUGAUGCUGAAAGUCUUGUCUUUGCUGAAAAAGAUGGACUGGUUUUUCAAUGCAGGAUUGAAAAUGUAGAUUUUUAAGGGACUAAUUCUGGCCGUUCUGUUGUAACCGGACUGAGCUCCUAUUCUGUUGACUGUAGUCUGUGGCAUGUCCAGGCGCCAACACCCUGUUCUUUAACUGAGCCGCUUCGACCUGGCCCUUUAUGUUGACCGCAUGCCUUUUUAAGCACACUACUAACUUCCUUCGUUUUACCAAUGUUUUUAUAUGAAGAUUUAAGAUUUUAGCCGCUUCUCGGAUCACCUCGUGUUGGCGAGCAGGGCAUCGCGUCCGAAUCCCUGUUUUCGUUUCUCCGCGCUCCUAAAGGAAGACGGGAAUGAUCUUGUUUGUUCCGUUCGCCCUGCCGUCCAGGUUCUUUGAGCAGACACUCUGAAGACAAUAUUGAGUUCAAACAAUGUGUAAUUAUGACAUGAAUAAAACUCGGAUAACACUGAA